UGUUUGGUGUUUAGAUGCUGGUGAGUGUCUGUCACUGCAGUCAUUCUACAAGGGCAGCACCUGGGGUAGAUAUCACAUGGCGGACUGUCUGCUGUCUCAGGGGGUCCAUCUCUUGGGGGUGCUGUCUCUUUCCUACCUGGUCCUCAAACAGUCAUGGAAGCUGCUGAAGGGAUUCGGGAACCAUAUUCUCUCCCGGUGGUGGAGGACUGACCUUAAGAAGUACGGAGGCUGGGCAGUGGUAACAGGAGCGACGGAUGGGAUAGGAAAAGCCUACGCGGAGGAGUUGGCCCGGAGAGGACUCAAUGUCGUCCUCAUCAGUCGGACUCUGAAGAAGCUGCAGAGCGUUGCGGAAGGGUUAGAGCUCCAGCCAGGACGCAAAACCAAGAUAAUCCAGGUGGAUUUCACAGGAGGACCAGAAAUCUAUCCCAAAAUUGAAGAAGGUUUAAAGGGCCUGGACAUUGGAAUCCUUGUAAAUAACGUUGGGAUGGUAUAUGGUAAUAGUGUAUCUAAGUUUCUCGAUGUGCCCGAUGUAAACCAGAGUUUAACUAACAUUAUUAACUGCAACAUCCUGACAGUAGUGCACAUGACCAGACUUGUGCUGCCACAGAUGGUGUCACGGAAGAAAGGCCUGAUUAUAAACAUAUCCUCUGAAGCUGGAUAUAGCCCCUUACCAUUGGUCACUGUAUACAGUGCCACAAAGGCCUUUGUGGACUUCUUUUCCCGUGGUGUCCAUGCUGAAUAUAAAUCGGAUGGGAUUACAGUACAGUCCGUGCUGCCGCUCUUGGUCUCCACCCCUAUGAUCCAUUCCAUGGAGGAUACUAUUAUUGUAAAAAAAGCAGAGGAUUUCGCCAGGGAAGCCCUGAACACCGUGGGGUACACCACUCGGACCAGCGGCUGCCUCUCUCACUCUAUACAGAGCUACGCCCUGGAACACUUUCUCUCGCGCUCCGUCUCCUCCUUCCCCCUGCUGAGGGUAACUGACGUUAUUAACUGCAACAUCCUGUCAGUAGUGCACAUGACCAGACUUGUGCUGCCACAGAUGGUGUCACGGAAGAAAGGCCUGAUUAUAAACAUAUCCUCUGAAGCUGGAUAUAACCCCUUACCAUUGGUCACUGUAUACAGUGCCACAAAGGCCUUUGUGGACUUCUUUUCCCGUGGUGUCCAUGCUGAAUAUAAAUCGGAUGGGAUUACAGUACAGUCCGUGCUGCCGCUCUUCGUCUCCACCCCUAUGAACUUUUCCAUAGAGGAUUCUAUUACUGUAAAAAAAGCAGAGGAUUUUGCCAGGGAAGCCCUGAACACCGUGGGGUACACCACUCGGACCAGCGGCUGCCUCUCUCACUCGAUACAGAGCUAUGUACUGGAACACUUUCUCUCGCGCUCCGUCUCCUCCUUCCCCCUGCUGGUAAACUUUGGUAUAAAAUUCAGCAAGUUGACAGGGAAAUCCAAAAAGCAGUAACGCGGAGCUGCGGGAGAAUGAGACUGUUGUUCUCCUGGUGACCUCCACUUGCUGAAUUCAGAAUAAAUGACAAUAUUAAGAAGA